ACCCCUAUCUAUGCAGCAGCAAAGAAUGGCUACGCCGACAUCGUGAUCUUUCUGCUCGACGUAGGUGCAAACUUUCAUGCCCCAGCCAAUUCUGGACCCACACCACUGCACUCAGCUGCAGAAAAUGGGCAUGUGAAAGUGGCCAGGAUUUUGUUGGAUAGGGGAGUGAAAGUCAAUGUACGCGAUGAAGAUGGUAACACGCCA